CUCCGCUCCAUUUUUAUACGCAGGCCUUGGAUUUUAUCUCUCACUGGGAGCUCCAAGCUUGGUGUCUCUCAACCAUCGACAUCUCCAGUUCCAUCAGGUCCGGUUUAGAAGUGAAACUGCAGCGUUUGUUCUGUUCGGUUCUGUUAAAAGUAGCUUUUCAUCCACAGCUGGUACAGGUGGGCUGAUAAUGGCUGCUGGACCCGGACUCCUCGGCGCGCUGCUCUCUGUGGGACUCUCCGUGUUUGUUUCUGCAGAUCUUCCAACCAUCAGACCUCAUCAAGGAGAGACGGUGGUUCUGCCAUGUGGACUGACCCGCAGGGACCCUGUUAUCGUCGUGCAGUGGAGCAGAACUGACCUGGGCUCAGAUUAUGUUCUCCUGUAUCGAGACCAGCAGGUCGACCCAUUUAACCAGCACCAAUCCUUUAAGGACCGGGUGGAUCUGCAGGACAGACAGAUGAAGGAUGGAGAUGUGUCUUUGGUUCUGAAGAACGUGAGGACUGAUGACAGAGGAACAUAUGAGUGUCGGGUCGUUCAGAGUGGAACAAGCCGCAAGAAGAAUCUCAUCAGCACCAUCCACCUGGAGGUAGCUCCUCCUUCUCCAGCUCACUUUGAGAAACAAACAGGAGACCAAGCAGUCCAGCUUGGACGGGAGAAGGAUGAAGAAAACAGAGAUACGGGAGACCAGGAUGGAGGAAUCCAGGAGACAUCAACUUCAGCUGGAAGUCAGGCUGAAGGGACCAAAGAUGGAGGAAGUGCUGUUUGGGAAGCCCAGGAAGUGGUCCACGUUGAAGCAUUAAAAGUUGGACGGGCUGAACCAAUCCGGACCGCUGGGAACCAGGAUGGAGAGAACAAGCCUGGAAGCAGAACGGUUCCUGGAGUAGCUGCUUCUCUGUCAUGUGUUGCUCUGGUUGUUGUUGCAGUGUUUGCUUUAAUGUUCUGGAAGAAGAGGAGGUCCGACCCGCCUCCUGAUAAAGUACCGUCUGAUCUGAUAUGACACCGUGAUGUCUGUGUUCAAGACAAACUGAUGGUGGAUCUUACUAACAGGAGGUUCUGAUUAGUUCAUCAGCAGAGGAACCUCCUUUUAUCAGCCCUUUGGACCUCUAUCUCCAUCCCUGCUUCAGUUGUGGUACCAAAUAAUUAAUGGUUCUGUUUGGAUCCUGGUGGUAAGUUUCAUCCACUCAGCAUCAGCGUGAUUUUAUUUAACUUUGAGGUGUUUAAUAGUUUGAAGUGUUCCUUCUGUCAGGGUGGAAUGAUUAGACAACAGAACUGAAAUGUUCUGUGACCCACACAGAACCAGAAUCAUGCAGUUCAGAACCACAUUUGGAGCAGAUGAAGCAGACUCAGAUGAGCAAACCAACAUGAGGUCUGGAUCGGUGGAUCUUUGUCAGGAUGUUGAUCAGGAAGAUUUAGGAUUAGAGAAAAUGAAACAUAAUAUUUGACACCAAAUUGUCCUUUUAGAAAUCAUUUCAUCUUCUCCAUCAUUCCACCCUGAAAAAUGAACAGUUUAAAUAAAUAAAACCUUAAAUUAAUGACAUGCAUGUUCAUGAUGAAAGGAUGGUAACUUCAGAAGGUCCAAUGUAGAGCAGAUCAUCACAUGACCUUCAUAUUUAAACUGAAUAAAAUGUGUUUGUAACGUU